AUGGAUUGGAGAGGGUAAGAUUAUCCUACAUUGCUAAAAGGGAUUUAGAAAUUAAUUUUAAAUGGCCCUGGCUGGAGGCAUAAUUAAAUGACCUUCCUUCAAAAUAAACUCCUCCCUGCCUCACUCAAUGCAACCCUAAUUCCUGCUGCUCAUAGAUGAGGUAGAGGUCAAUCAAACUCGACCAAGACCAAAACAAUGGAAUUGCCAUGGAAAAGCGUGGCGGAAAGGCUAUACAUUUAGGCUAUUGUUUAUAAGUGUAUUUCACACUAUGUUGAGGUAAAAAUCUGAGUAUAAUGCUUGUAUGGAUGUCAACCCCAACAUAUGUUCAUGUCAUCGUUCCCAAACAACUGCAUUAGUACAGUUAAAAACGACUGACUAGCACCACCAAUUUCUAUAUGCUAGCUAUGCUAACAAGCUUAUACGAACGGGAGUUAGCAUUUAGCAGUCAGUUCUUUUAAACCUGAAAAGGGGCAACUUCUACAUGGUAUGCAGCGAAAACAGCCCAAAAUAUAUCAAAAUCGGACUUAGGCAACCGCAUUGUGGGCAUGUUAUAAUACAUAAAUCAUGAUGGAUUUGACGGAUAUUCACUUUGUUUGAUCCGAUAUGUUGAAUGUGCGCCAACUCCUUUACCUCAUCUAUGCAGUGAUUGUUUGCUUAUCAGGUGCAAAUCGAGUCAAAAGUAUACACAAAACAUUAAGAACGCCUGCUCUUUCCAUGACAUCGAUUGACCAGGUGAAUCCAGGUGAAAACUAUGAUCCCUUACUGAUGUCACUUGUUAAAUCCACUUCAAUCAAUGUUGAUGAAGGGGAGGAGACAGGUUAAAUAAGGUUUUUUAAGCCUUGAGACAUGGAUAGUGUAUGUGUGCCAUUCAGAUGGUGAAUGGGCAUGACAAAAUAUUUAUGUGCCUUUGAAUGGUGUAUGGUAGUAGGUGCCAGGUGCACCAGUUUGUGUUAAGAAUUGCAAUGCUGCUGGGUUUUUCAAGCUCAACAGUUUCCCGUGAGUAUCAAGAAUGGUCCACCAAAGGACAUCCAGCCAAAUUGACACAACUAUGGGUAACAUUGGAGUCAACAUGGGCCAGCAUCCUUGUGGAACGCUUUCGACACCUUGUAGAGUUCAUGCCCCGACGAAUUGAGGGAGGGGGCUGCAACUCAAUAUUAGGAAGGUGUUCCUAAUGUUUGCUAUACUCAGUGUAUGAAUCAACCUUCAAUUGUAUUUGUUUUGCAGAUAAAUUACAUAAUCUCUUUUACCCCUAAUAUUUCGCUAGACGGCAGUGUGCCUUUCUUCACGGCAUAUAACGUAGUGUUGACGAAUGAGGAAGUGAUUCUAUUUCCCGGUGUUUUUCUGCGUUAAAGCAAAUAUUAUGGAUAUACUGACAAGAUACCACUACCCCGGCCACCAGCUCUGCACCCUCCGCUGCAACUUGCCCAUGCCCCCCCCGCUUCUCCUUCACACAAAUACAGACAGCUGAUGUUCUGAAAGAGCUGCAAAAUCUGGAACCCUACAAAUAAUCUGGGCUAGACAAUCUGGACCCUUUCUUUCUAAAACUAGCCGCCGAAAUUGUCGCAACCCCUAUUACUAGCCUGUUCAACCUCUCUUUCGUAACGUCUGAGAUCCCCAGAGAUUGGAAAGCUGCCGCGGUCAUCCCCCUCUUCAAAGCGGGUGACACUCUAGAUGCAAACUGUUACAGACCCAUAUCCAUCCUGCCCUGCCUUUCAAAAGUUUUUGAAAGCCAAGUUAACAAACAGAUCACCGACCAUUUCGAAUCCCACCGUACCUUCUCCGCUAUGCAAUCCGGUUUCCGAGCUGGUCAUGGGUGCACUUCAGCCACGCUCAAGGUCCUAAACGAUAUUAUAACCACGAUCGAUAAUAGACAGUACUGUGCAGCCGUUUUCAUUGACCUGGCCAAGGCUUUCGACUCUGUCAACCACCGCAUUCUUAUUGGCAGACUAAAUAGCCUUGGUUUCUCAAAUGACUGCCUCGCCUGGUUCACCAACUACUUCUCAGAUAGAGUUCAAUGUGUCAAAUCGGAGGGCCUGUUGUCUGGACCUAUGGCAGUCUCUAUGGGGGUGCCACAGGGUUCAAUUCUUGGGCCGACUCUUUUCUCUGUGUAUAUCAAUGACGUCGCUCUUGCUGCUGGUGACUCUCAGAUCCACCUCUACGCAGACGACACCAUUUUGUAUACAUCUGGCCCUUCAUUGGACACUGUGUUAACAAACCUCCAAACGAGCUUCAAUGCCAUACAACACUCCUUCAGUAGCCUCCAACUGCUCUUAAACACUAGUAAAACUAAAUGCAUGCUCUUCAACCGAACGCUGCUUGCACCCGCCCACCCGACUAGAAUCACUACUCUCGACGGGUCUGACCUAGAGUAUGUGGACAACUACAAAUAUCUAGGUGUCUGGUUAGACUGUAAACUCUCCUUCCAGACUCACAUUAAGAAUCUCCAAUCCAAAGUUAAAUCUAGAAUCGGUUUCUUAUUUCGCAACAAAGCCUCCUUCACUCAUGCUGCCAAACAUGCCCUCGUAAAACUGACUAUCCUACCGAUCCUUGACUUUGGCGAUGUCAUUUACAAAAUAGCCUCCAACACUCUACUCAGCAAAUUAGAUGUAGUCUAUCACAGUGCCAUCCGUUUUGUCUCCAAAGCCCCAUAUACUACCCACCACUGUGACCUGUACGCUCUUGUUGGCUGGUCCUCACUACAUAUUCGUCGCCAAACCCACUGGCUCCAGGCCAUCUAUAAAUCACUGCUAGGCAAAUCCCCGCCUUAUCUUAGCUCAUUGGUCACCAUAGCAACACCCACCCGUAGUAUGCGCUCCAGCAGGUAUAUCUCACUGGUCAUCCCCAAAGCCAACACCUCCUUUGGCCGCCAUUCCUUCCAGUUCUCUGCUGCCAAUGACUGGAACAAAUUGCAAAAAUCUCUGAAGCUGGAGACACUUAUCUCCCUCACUAACUUUAAGCAUCAGUUGUCAGAGCACCUUACCAAUCACUGCACCUGUACACAGCCCAUCUGAAAUUAGCCCGCCCAAAUACCUCAUCCCUAUAUUGUUAUUUAUUUUGCUCAUUUGUACCCCAGUAUCUCUAUUUGCACAUCAUCUCUUGCACAUCUAUCAUUCCAGUGUUAAUACUAAUUGUAAUUAUUUUGCACUAUAGCCUAUUUAUUGCCUGACCUCCAUAACUUGCUACAUUUGCACACACUGUAUAUAUAUUUAUUUCUGUUGUAUUUUUGACUUUGUUUUGUUUUACCCCAUAUGUAACUCUGUGUUGUUGUUUUUAUCGCACUGCUUUGCUUUAUCUUGGCCAGGUCGCAGUUGUAAAUGAGAACUUGUUCUCAACUGGCUUACCUGGUUAAAUAAAGGUGAAUUAAAAAAUAAAUAAAAAUAAAAUGUCUCUCCGCCCAAACAAUGGGAGGUAGACAGCUUUUCCGCCGAGUCGGGCCUCUCACUUCCUCUCUGUUUAACGUGCCCCAGUUUACACCCCACACAGUAGGUGGCGGAAUGCACUUUUAACAUAUGUUUAUGCCGUCAUACCAUACUCUUCAUGCGAGCUACAAACAAAAUACGGUGAGACUUUGGUGAGUAACCCCUCUUUUAAAUGCAGAUAUAAUUGAACAUGUAUUCAGUUUCUAUUUACAACACGUUUACCAACACUAUAUGCACUAAUGUUACAGCUUGGCUAGCUAGCUACUGCUGAUAAUGCAUAGUGAUGGAUGCAUACGCCUAACUAAUAAUGAUCAGCCUGACUGGCUCUGUAUUCAGAUGUGUAGUUCGCCUUUUAUGUUUCACAUGUAUUAAACCCCUGAAAAACAUAACCUUGAAUACUUGUUGUAGGCAGUAACCGAGUCUUUGAUCAUCAGUACCAUUACGCAUAGCUAAGAGUCAUUGGAGGAAGACGUCUUCAGAGGAGUUUGGUUGACCCCGACGCUCAAUCUGAACAUUAACAGUCAUAGUUUACGGUACGGUUUCGGAUGUGAAAGGACCUUAUCUUUCAUAUCAGCAAGAAAUAAUUUAACAAAACUUAAGGUUAAAUUGAUACACACCUUGAUAUGGUUAGGGUUAGUGUUCCCACACAGGCCAUAUCAACAUGUUACAGCGCUUGUUUACAUAAAACAGACAGAAGACAAGAGGCCACUUGUGCUAAUUAGCCAUCUAACAUGCACCGCACACCUAACGGCUGUGUGGACGUGUAGCAAAAGUGUAGUUUUGUUGGAUGGAGGCACCCAUAGCUGUAUGAAUCUGUACCGAACUGCUACAGUAAGUGUAUCUCUUUUAUUUGAAGGUUUCAUUCUCGCGGAUGCAAGAUCAGGGCCAUAUGUUUCGAAAGCCGUAUCGCAAGCAAUUAUUAUUGACGUUUCUAAACGUUAAAACACUGCGUCGGGAUUGUAGUUCACAUGAGCCAGUCGUGGGCGAAGCUGAUUGCUGCCUAGAGUUUUCGAGAGAUAACGGUAACCCAGCUAGCUAGCUAGCUAGCUAGCUAUCCCCAGUACUUGACAGAUGACUGAGCUGUCAAAAUAUAUUAUUUUAUUUAACCUUUAUUUGAUCAGGGAGUCAUACUGAAACCAAGGUCUCUUUUACAGAUGAGCACUGAAUUACAGAAAAUACCAGUGUUGUAAAGUCUGGUUUCGAGACCACAGAGUGUCUCGGUGUUGUCUUUGUGUCGGAUACGUUUGUACUCGGUCUCCGACAGUGAGGACUCGUAAUUUCUUCCCGAGACCAGCUAAGUAAAAAUCAUAAUUAUCAGCUUCCAUUCAGUCAGCGCAUAAAACCGCUUCACCAGGCUAUAGCUAUAUAUAAUCCUUUCUUGAAACAUGAAUAUCUUAACAGCCUUUAUAUCUAUUAUAGACAUGUGUGCGCAGUAGCGAACCAAUAGGCCUUCAGUGUGUGACAGGUUCGUGAUUCUGAAAGGACAGCAACCGUAAUACCAGCGCACUCGUAUACAGUGAGGGAAAAAAGUAUUUGAUCCCCUGCUGAUUUUGUACGUUUGCCCACUGACAAAGAAAUGAUCAGUCUACAAUUUUAAUGGUAGGUUUAUUUGAAUAGUGAGAGACAGAAUAACAAAAAAAAAAUCCAGAAAAAUGCAUGUGUGGGGUUCUAUUUUCUAAUAAUUGGAUCUGUAUGUGAUGAAUAGCUUAGAAGGAAUGCAUUAAUGAUAAGCAUAGGUUUGUACUAUACUGAUAUAAAUUGUUUCACAUAACAGGCUGUUAUUCAUGUGUGGAACGUUAGGGGGUAAGAUGAGAUAAGAAUUUGUGUCUCCAAAUACUAGACUACACUGCUUCUUUGUGUUCUGUGAACCGUCCAAGGACAUGGGUCCUGCAAAAAAAAGUGCUAACUCCACAGGUUGUUAUGAUAAAAACUUAUGCCUGGCAACAGGGAUGCGCCAAGGGACUGGGACCAGCCCGUGCGCAAACGGAUUGGCUGAGUAAGUCUAAACCACGCUCAGUCUCUACUCUGAUUGGCCAGCAGAGAUUGGGAACUAUCUCUGUCAGAGUAUUUGAAGAAGAACCUGUAACAAUGGAUUAAUUCUCUGAGUGCCCUGCGUGGUAUUUCAGUGGACCCGUAUAUACGAACCUUCAUACUUAUAUCAUACCUACAUUUUGCAUAUAAUAAAUUUAGCUUGGAUUGAAGAUCUCUUGAUUCUUAUUCCAAUACCAGAUUUGAAUUACGCAAUUUCUAACACAUGUCAAAAAUGUUAUAAAUUGAUUUGCAUUUUAAUGAGGGAAAUAAGUAUUUGACCCCUCUGCAAAACAUGACUUAGUACUUGGUGGAAAACCCUUGUUGGCAAUCAGAGGUCAGACGUUUCUUGUAGUUGGCCACCAGGUUUGCACACAUCUCAGGAGGGAUUUUGUUCCACUCCUCUUUGCAGAUCUUCUCCAAGUCAUUAAGGUUUCGAGGCUGACGUUUGGCAACUCGAACCUUCAGCUCCCUCCACAGAUGUUCUAUGAGAUUAAGGUCUGGAGACUGGCUAGUGUGUUUUGGGUCAUUGUCAUGCUGGAAUACCCAUCCACAACCCAUUUUCAAUGCCCUGGCUGAGGGAAGGAGGUUCUCACCCAAGAUUUGACGGUACAUGGCCCUGUCCAUCGUCCCUUUGAUGCGGUGAAGUUGUCCCGUCCCCUUAGCAGAAAAACACCCCCAAAGCAUAAUGCUUCCACCUCCAUGUUUGACGGUGGGGAUGGUGUUCUUGGGGUCAUAGGCAGCAUUCCUCCUCCUCCAAACACGGCGAGUUGAGUUGAUGCUAAAGAGCUCGGUUUUGGUCUCAUCUGACGACAACACUUUCACCCAGUUCUCCUCUGAAUCAUUCAGAUGUUCAUUGGCAAACUUCAGACGGCCCUGUAUAUGUGCUUUCUUGAGCAGGGGGACCUUGCGGGCGCUGCAGGAUUUCAGUCCUUCACGACAUAGUGUGUUACCAAUUGUUUUCUUGGUGACUAUGGUCCCAACUGCCUUGAGAUCAUUGACAAGAUCCUCCCGUGUAGCUCUGGGCUGAUUCCUCACCAUUCUUAUGAUCAUUGCAACUCCAAGAGUUGCAAUGUACCCAUUGCAAGAAACAUUUAGCACUUAAAGUGGAACUGACAACGUUUUUAACUACUUUGCAGAUAUGAAACAAACAGACCAUCAUAAUAUCAGUCAAAAAUAUCAAAUUCCCAGUUUAUGCUACAAAACCAACUUCAUAAGAGGUUUUAAAAAUAGGUUCUAUUUGACUCAACCAGUGCUUAAUUUGAGCUGGAUCCUGCUGGAACAGGAUCCGGCACCUCUCAGAUUUGACUUUGUUUGAUCCGGCACCUAUUUGCCUGGAUCCGGUACCACUCGCGGCAUGAUUUAUUUAUUAUUAAUCAGCAUUAAAUCAAGUUGACUCCUCGUUAUUUCUCCCGCCUCCCAGAAAGACCAUGUAAAAGUGCGGUGACCUUCUGUGUGUACAUAGAGGUUAUGGGGAGGGUCAGUGGGGUAAGUAGCUGAUCUUGACACAGGUCUUGGUAGUGGUGGCCAGCUAGUGAAGAGGUCCCUACGUACAGUGGGGAAAAAAAGUAUUUAGUCAGCAACCAAUUGUGCAAGUUCUCCCACUUAAAAAGUUGAGAGAGGCCUGUAAUUUUCAUCAUAGGUACACGUCAACUAUGACAGACAAAAUGAGAAAAAUAAAUCCAGAAAAUCACAUUGUAGGAUUUUUUAUGAAUUUAUUUGCAAAUUAUGGUGGAAAAUAAGUAUUUGGUCAAUAACAAAAGUUUCUCAAUACUUCGUUAUAUACCCUUUGUUGGCAAUGACACAGGUCAAACGUUUUCUGUAAGUCUUCACAAGGUUUUCACACACUGGUAUUUUGGCCCAUUCCUCCAUGCAGAUCUCCUCUAGAGCAGUGAUGUUUUGGGGCUGUCGCUGGGCAACACAGACUUUCAACUCCCUCCAAAGAUUUUCUAUGGGGUUGAGAUCUGGAGACUGGCUAGGCCACUCCAGGACCUUGAAAUGCUUCUUACGAAGCCACUCCUUCGUUGCCCGGGCGGUGUGAAGGUAAUCUGAAUAUGUGCUUCAUAUCACAUAGGCAGGAGGCCUAUAUAUUCUGAUAUGUGUGUUCUGCUGUAGCCUACAUUGAUUUAUUUUAUUUGAAGUUAUUCCGAUAUUGUGAUUUGUUCUACUGCUACAUUGAUGUCUUGGAAAUUAUAUGAAAUUCGGGUCUUGUAAGCCCCACAGCAGAGUAUGUGUGCAUAUGGCGGGUGUUCUGCAGUGUUGUCUAAAAAUGUUGCUGUACAUUGAUGUCUAGAAAAUUAGGCUAUAAGAAAUUCGGACUUGUGUAAGCCCCGCAGCUACACUCAAGUAUGUAGGCAUACUGCAGUGACGUCUAAAAUGCUUUGAAUUAAUUAGCACCUUAGAGAGUGCUGUCCGUUUCACCACCAUAGAUAGUAGGCUACUUGACUGCUACAUUGUUUGACACCUUUUUUUCUCUCAAUGUGUUCCGGUACCUCAGAGCCCCCAGUAAAUGUAGGCAAAAAAAAGUAAUAGUUAGUCAAGAACGCUCUAGAUAACAUGUAAACAGCCUAACCAGCUCUGCUACAGCGAGUAAAAUUAGCUUGGGUGCUUGGUUGGGACAAGCAUGCAUUGGCAGGCAAGCUGCGGAAGGACGAGGAGGCUACAAUUCCCUGUUGUUAAUCAGUGCAAGUUUUGACGGCCAACUAGCUGAACAUUUUUGAGGGUUUAUCUAAUGUUCCUUCAUUUUAGCUUAUCUUGCUCUGGCUAGCAUUAGUUGUUGAUGUGCAUAACUGAGGGAGAGACAGCCUACCUUUUCAUGGUUGUUUGAUCAGUAGGACUGUAAAGUUCCCAAAUGUAAGAGGACUCCUGUGGUGUUUACAUAUUUGCAGAAAUCCAUUCGGGUGUAUAUUGUGGCUUUUGGCGAAUGCGUUCAAAUGAUUUAAAGUCGAGCUGUUGCAACUGCCUGUAAACACACAGUCCAGUUCAAAGUUAUUAUGGUGGUGAUUUGACAAAAUUACAAUCAUGGUCUUGACUCGAUUUGCUCCGGUCUUGAAUCGGUCUCGCUUUAGGUGGUCUCAAACACAACACUUGAAAAUACACACCAAUUUCUUUAAUAUUUUAGAUUGUUAAACAGUGUGUCUUGUGUGGACUUAUACACUAUGAGACUAAACUUGCCUGUUUUUAAUGGACAUUUGUAUUUAUGAAGGUGCUAGAGUUCAGUAUUGUUAGUUUGUGGAAUGUACUAUAUUUGUCUGACGUCUAUUUUUCUCUUCCUAUAAGAUGGCUUGAAUAAUAAAUAGAUGCAUAAUUCUACCAGCCAGGUCUAUGUUCCACCUUUCUGGAACAUGUUACUGUACCCCCCAGGUACAGUAACAUGUCUCCCCCCCCCCCCCCCCCCCCCCAGGUACAGUAACAUGUCUCUCCCCCCCCCCCCCCCCAGGUACAGUAACAUGUCUCUCCCCACCCCCCCCCAGGUACAGUAACAUGUCUCUCCCCCCCCCCCCCCCCAGGUACAGUAACAUGUCUCUCCCCCCCCCCCCCCAGGUACAGUAACAUGUCUCCCCCCCCCCCCCCAGGUACAGUAACAUGUCCCGUCCCCAGGUACAGUAACAUGUCUCCCCCCCCCCCCAGGUACAGUAACAUGUCUCCCCCCCCCCCCCCCAGGUACAGUAACAUGUCUCCCCCCCCCCCCAGGUACAGUAACAUGUCUCCCCCCCCCCCCCCCCCCCCCCAGGUACAGUAACAUGUCUCCCCCCCCAGGUACAGUAACAUGUCUCCCCCCCCCCCCCCCCCCCCAGGUACAGUAACAACAUGUCUUCCGGCCCACCUCAGUCGCCCGCAGUGGCUAAGACAGAGGUGACUGUCGAAGGAGAAUGUCCUCUCCUCGCCGCCACCUUUGCCUACUGGGACAACAUCCUGGGCCCGCGGGUGCGCCACAUCUGGGCUCCCAGGUGCGAGCAGCCGCUGUUGCUGAGUGACGGUGAAGUCACCUUCCUGGCCAAUCACACGCUGAACGGGGAGAUUCUGCGCAGCGCCGAGUGUGGAGCGGUGGACGUCAAGUUCUUCGUCCUAGCUGAGAAGGGCGUCAUCAUAGUCUCGCUGAUCUUCGACGGCGAGCUGAAGGGUGACAAGAACACGUGUGCCCUGUCCAUCAUCCUUCCACAGACAGAGCUGGCCUUCUACCUGCCCCUGCACACUGUCUGUGUGGAGAGGCUCAAACACAUCAUCCGCAAGGGACGCAUCUGGAUGCAGAAAGUAAGUGUUCAGAUGCUAAGUUCCAAGUCUACCCCCUACUAGGCCAUCCCCUUAAGGCAGUGUUUCUCCAUCCAUUCCUAGGGAAAUUGACAUUUGUUAUAGCCCAGCACAUUCACCUGAAUCACCAAGCCGGUAUUUGUCAUUGACAUACAGGGCUACAACAUCAUUUCUGUGCUGACAUCAGAGAUUGUCCCCAUCAUGGAGCUGCUGUCCUCCAUGAAGACACACAGUGUCCCAGAGGACAUUGACGUGAGUAUCAGAAGCAAUCAUAUACAUUUGGCAACACUUUCAUCAUAUAAAACAGCACUGUGCAUAAAAUACAGUAGAGCUCACUAUACUCCGCAGACCCAUUUAUGUUGCAACUUUGCUUUUAAAAGUUAGUGGGGUCUGUAAUUGACAUCCUUGAUAAAGAUGAGCAAAAAUGACUAUAAAAUAAAUCAUUCAAAUACUGAGCUAUAUUGUAUGCUAAAAAAAAUUGGAAAAUAAUUUUAUACUAAUACAAUUUUUCAGAAAGAUAGUUUUCUCAUCUAUUGACACCCCUGUUUUCAAUACCUCACCUUGCAAGGAUAACGGCACUGAGCCUUUUUCUAAAAUGUUUUAUGAGUUGGAGAACACAUUGGGAUGGCUCUUAGACCAUUCCUCCUUCCAGAUCCUUGAUAUCCUAGGUCUGGGCUUAUGGACUGUCCUCUUCAAUUCUAACCACAGGUUUUCAAUGGGUUUCAAGAAGACCUGUGAAGAAAAUUGUUGUAUUUUGUAGUUUAUUUGAAAAUACCAACUUUUCAAAUACUCGAGGUAGUCGAAUAUAGUUUCAAGUAAAAGGUAACUAUUUUAUUUAAUGUUCAAAAACAGGUCUCAGAGCAACAAAUAAUAUUUGAAGGUAUUUGAAUAUAUGCAAGUUAGAUAGUGUAGGGGCGGGCUGGCCAACAACUGAUGAGUGUGAAGUAACACAAGCAUAGACCAAAAUGGACCUUUCUGGAAACGACCCAGGACUUUUAUUCAGGGAACAAAACAACAGAAUGCGCCACAGCGCUGGGUAACAAUAAAACCAAACCAAAACCUAGCUCGUCUUUGGGCCUUUCUACACGGGUCUUCCAGUCCCUCUCUGCUACCGGACAGCUAAGCUGUUUACUGGCGUAUCCAACAAAAUAAAAUAAAAAUCCAACAGUCUGGUCCUUACUUGGGUCAGGUCCACGGCCAAGUAACAUCUUGUAUGUUCCUGUCCAGUUGGGUUCGAUAUCCCUCCCAGUGUUGGAGAGCCCUGCAUGUCAGCUCUUGCUGCUCCAGACCAAAAAACCGACCUGGCCAAAGCCAGGUUAAAACAGCCACCACCCAACCUCCAAGCUAAUUAUAUUCAGGUGUGUGUAAUUAGGCUCUUACUUACCCUUCCGGGCCAUCCUCUCUCCAGGCCAGCAGAUGUAGCCAACGAGCAGGAAUAUACCGGCCUUCACGCACACACCCACCCUCUCACUCAUCACUAUAUAUAUAUAUAUAUAUAUAUAUAUAUAUAUAUAUAUAUAUAUAUAUAUAUAUAUAUAUAUAUAUAUAUAUAUAUAUAUAUAUAUAUAUAUAUAUAUGAUGGCUGCCAAAUAUUUGAUGAAGAACCAAAAACUACAACAUGUAGUUGAAUUAGUCUAAAUAUAUGAUCAUAAGCACAUGGUUUGGAGGGCUCUUAGAUAUGAAUCUUAAUAUAGCCUAUAGCUUACAAUUAAUUACAUGAUGGACAUGGAAUCACCUCAACAUUAGAGUAGACCACUUUUGCAGCUUUAAAAUCACAAAAAAAUAUAUUUCCAUAAUGAGUGAGACAAGGUAAUACAGUAACACUCAAGUUCUUAUACAUGUGUAGUAACUUGUGAUUAUUACAAUAGCAACAUUGUUACAUAGGACUUUGGAAAUUGCUUUAUAAUUCAUUAUGACCCUAUGGGGUGAGAUCUUGCGUGGAGCCCCAGAUGGAGGGAGAUUAUCAGUGGUCUUGUAUGUCUUCCAUUUCCUAAUAAUUGCUCCCACAGUUGAUUUCUUCAAACCAAGCUGCUUACCUAUUGCAGAUUCAGUCUUCCCAGCCUGGUGCAGGUCUACAAUUUUGUUUCUGGUGUCCUUUGACAGCUCUUUGAUCUUGGCCAUAGUGGAGUUUGGAGUGUGACUGUUUGAGGUUGUGGACAGGUGUCUUUUAUACUGAUAACAAGUUCAAACAGGUGCCAUUAAUACAGGUAACGAGUAGAGGACAGAGGAGCCUCUUAAAGAAGAAGUUACAGGUCUGUGAGAGCCAGAAAUCUUGCUUGUUUGUAGGUGACCAAAUACUUAUUUUCCACCAUCAUUUGCAAAUAAAUUCAUAAAAAAUCCUACAAUGUGAUUUUCUGGAAUUUUUCAUAGUUGACGUGUACCUAUGAUGAAAAUUACAGGCCUCAUCUUUUUAAGUGGGAGAACUUGCACAAUUGGUGGCUGACUAAAUACUUUUUUCCCCCACUGUACUUUAACAGUUAUUUUUUCUUAACUGCAUUGUUGGUUAAGGGCUUGUAAGUAAGCGUUUCACUGUAAGGUCUACUACACCUGUUGUAUUCGGCGCAUGUGACAAGUAAAAUUUGAUUUGAUUUUUGAACUACUCUCUGUAUGUCUCACUACAGUUACAGUAGGCAAACCUUUUUAUCUUGUCCUUCAUGUUGAGGACUAUUUCACCAAAGAACUCUGUUUGUUCCAUCUGUGUUAGAUCAAGGACACUGUCCUAAAUGAUGAUGACAUUGGAGACAGCUGCCAUGAAGAUUUCCUGCAUAAGUAAGCACUCUUUUUUUUAUUGUAGGCCUACCUGCUUCAUUCUGAAAAUUGGAAGCAUUUAAGUUACAUCUACGUUUAUUUAUUUAUUAUUUUAUUUUUAUUUUUACACUACCCAAAACCAUUCUGUGACAAUUUAACCAUAGGAAAAUUAUAAAUACUGCAAUGCAGUGUUGAUUAAAUUGAGCUCUGAGACUGAUAAGUAAUCUCUAUUAACUAAUGUAGCCACCAAGUGGAAAACCCUGCACAUUAUCAAGAAACAACCUUGAGUGCCCCUGCUUUUCUUUUUCUGGGAAAGACACAGGGUUAAAAAAAUGUUUCACUCUCCUUCAGGUUAGCAGCUUUUCUCUCUGUUGUUGUCCAAGCUGGGCAGGUCCAUUAGGUACACAUUGCUUACCUUGCACACUAUAUUUGUGAUGAGGUUGUAGUUAUCAGUGGAAUGCAGUUAUGCACCCCCUGACAGAUCUGUCUAAACAUAAUUAUCUUAACUGCCUGUGGAGAUGACAAAUGCACUGCAAGUCAUAAUUUAUUUUACAUAGCUUUUAAGUGUUAUUGCAGUAGUCAGGAAACACUUAUGUCACUUUAGAGACCUAUAUUAAAGUCAUAUUUUUAUGACAAACACAUACACACGUGGACACAUUUCAUUACAUUUUAAUGUUGCUCAUUAUGCUAAAUUAAUAUCAAGUGACUAUUCCUCAUCCUUGUCAUUUAUUUUUUUAAAUACACACACAUGAAAUUGCCUCCGUCUCUCAGGGCAAUCAGUUCUCAUCUCCAAACGUGUGGCUGCUCCAUGGUGGUCGGAAGCAACCCAGACAAAGUCAACAAGGUACUGACAGAUUGCCAAUACUCUGUGCUCAAAACAUACAUACAGUGCCUUUGGAAAGUAUUCAGACCCCUUGACUUUUUCCACAUUUUGUUACGUUACAGCCUUAUUCUAAAAUUGAUUAAAUAGUUUUUUUCCCCUCAUCAAUCUACACAAAAUACCCCAUAAUGACAAAGUAAAAACAGGUUUUUAGACAUUUUUGCAAAUUUAUUAAAAAUUAAAAACUGAAAUAUCACAUUUACAUAAGUAUUCAGACCCUUUACUCAGUACUUUGUUGAAGCACCUUUGGCAGCGAUUACAGCAUCGAGUCUUCUUGGGUAUGACACUACAAGCUUGGCACACCUGUAUUUGGGGAGUUUCUCCAAUUAUUCUCUGCAGAUCCUCUCAAGCUCUGGCAGGUUGGAUGGGGAGCUUGGCUGCACAGCUAUUUUCAGGUCUCUCCUGUUCAAGUCCGGGCUCUGGCUGGGCCACUCAAGGAUAUUCAGAGACUUGUCCCGAAGCCACUCCUGUGUUGUCUUAGCUGUGUGCUUAGGGUCGUUGUCCUGUUGGAAGGUGAACCUUCACCCCAGUCUGAGGUCCUGAGCGCUCUGGAGCAGGUUUUCAUCAAGGAUCUCUCGAUCCUGACUAGUCUCCCCAGCCCUUCUGCUGAAAAACAUCCCCACAGCAUGAUGCUGCCACCACCAGGCUUCACCGUAGGGAUGGUGCCAGGUUUCCUCCAAGCGGGCUGUCAUGUGCCUUUUUACUGAUGAGUGGCUUCCGUCUGGCCACUCUACCAUAAAGGCCUUACUGGUGGAGUGCUGCAGAGAUGGUUGUCCUUCUGGAAGGUUAUCCCAUCUCCAUAGAAGAACUCUAGAGCUCUGUCAAAAUGACGAUCGGGUUCUUGGUCACCUCCCUCACCAAGGCCCUUCUCCCCCGAUUUCUCAGUUUGGCCGGGUGGCCAGCUCUAGGAAGAGUCUUGGUGGUUCCAAACUUCUUCCAUUUAAGAAUGAUGGCCACUGUGUUCUUGGGGACCUUCAAUGCUGCAGAAAUUUUUUGGUACCCUUCCCCAGAUCUGUGGCUCGACACAAUCCUGUCUCGGAGCUCUACGGACAAUUCCUUCGACCUCAUGGCUUGGUUUUUGCUCUGACAUGCACUGUCAACUGUGGGGCCUUAUAUAGACAGAUGUGUGCCUUUCCAAAUAAUGUCCAAUCAAUUGAAUUUACCACAGGUGGACUCCAAUUAAGUUGUAGAAACAUCUCAAGGAUGAUCAAUGGAAACAGGAUUUACCUGAGCUCAACUUUUAGUCUCAUAGCAAAGGGUCUGAAUACUUAUACUAAGGUAUUUCUAUUUUUUGUAAAUUUGCAAAGAUUUCUAAACCUGUUUUCGCUUUGUCAUUAUGGGGUAUUUUGUGUAGAUUGCUGAGGAACUUUGUAUUUAAUCCAUUUUAGAACAAGGCUGUAACGUAACAAAAUGUGGAAAAAGUCAAGGGGUCUGAAUACUUUCCGCAUGCAUACAUUGGCUGCUGUAUCAGCAUAUGUAUUCACACUCAUGCACACAGUAGUUGUAUAAAAAUGUUCUACACACAGACGUGUCUGCAUAUGUUAUUGUGUAUCUACAAAAAAUUGCAGCAUACAAAAUCUGACAUGACAGGUUAACACACACCCACACUCUCCUCCAAAUCCUCUCUCCCUCACUGAAAUGCGGAUGUGAUGUGAGGUAUUCCACGUUGAUAUUUAUUUGUGUUUUCUUGUGCUCUAGAUAGUGCGCACACUGUGCCUCUUCCUCACCCCUGCUGAGAGGAAGUGCUCUAGGCUCUGUAAAGCUGACUCCUCUUUCAAGUACGACACAGGACUGUUUGUACAAGGUCUCCUCAAGGUACCCCACCACGCCACUCUAAAUUACAGUUCUCUAAUGCUGGUCCUGGAGAGCUAGUGGGUGUGCAGGCUUUAUUUUUUGGCCAGCACUAACGCACCUGUUUGAAAUCAUAAACUAAUAAUUAUCUUCGGUCCAAUGUGUUCAAUGAGGGUUACAUAACAUUUUGUUUUCUCACAUCUAGAUUAUCCCAUUGUAAGGGCAUGCAAAUUAAUAAUUUAAAUGAAGUAUUUUUUUUUCAAACCAAGGCCUCAAAAAAUUAACAAAAGGUCAUAGCUUAACAGACUGCCCUCCUCAUUACGCUCCCCCUCCUUUCUCCAAACCCAGGACUCCACGGGCAGCUUCGUCUUGCCCUUCCGCCAGGUGCUGUACUCGCCCUACCCGACCACGCACGUUGACGUGGACAUCAACACGGUGAAGCAGAUGCCACCCUGCCAUGAGCACACGUACAACCAGCGCCUCUACAUGCGCUCUGAGCUCAGCGCGCUCUGGAAGGCGGCCAGCGAGGAUGACAUCGCCCCCGACGCUGUCAUUCACACCGACGAGUCCUUCACCCCCGACCUGUAUGCUUUCUUCUCUCCUGUUCUGUUAUUCCAAUUAGAUUGGAAUUGCCUGUGUUUAUUUAGCUGCCUAACAGCAUUGCUUGAUUUAUUUCAUAUGUAUCAAAUUUGUUUAAAUUAACAUUAAUGAAAGACGUGGAUGUUAUUCUGUUUUUAUGACCACUAAAAGCUCCACUCUAUUAUCAGGAAUAUCUUUCAGGACGUUAUGCAUAAAGAUACCCUGGUGAAGUUAUUUAUAGAUGAGGUAAGACACCAGCACAAAGGAAGCAACAAUAUUUGUGGUGCUGAAAAAUGGUCUCAUCAUAUGUCAGCCUUUGUUGGCUUAUCAGGGCCAACAAUAAUAGUUGAUUCUCGGUUUUAUUCCCAGGUGUUCAUGCUGAAGCCAGGCCUCAAUCUGCGAAGUACUUACUUAGCCCAGUUCUUGCUGAUCCUUCACAGAAAGGCGCUCACACUACUCAAAUACAUUGAAGAUGAAACGUAAGUUACCUCCCACUAUGGAAGCAGAUGUAAUUGGUUUCAAUAUUACUUUUGCCCCAGCACAGCAGCACACCAUGUAGUACAACUUUUGAUAAGCUUGAAUUCCCCACCCACAGGCAAAAGGGAAAGAAGCCUUUCCGCUCCUUGCGCAGCUUGAAGACAGACCUCGACCUGAUGGUGGAAGGUGACCUGAAUAUCGUCAUGGCUUUUGCUGAGAAGCUGAGGGCUGGACUGCACUCCUUUGUAUUUGGGAAGCCAUUCUACACCAGU